ACUGAGUCUCAGUCUAAGACUUCUGAGUCGUUUUAUUUAUAAAGCUUGUAUUUCUUCACAUAGUAAAGAAACCCUGGUCUUAUGCACUACGAUUUACCCGUGUUUCUAAAACAAUUCAUGUAAAGUUUAUUUGUAUAGUUUCUACCGAUUCCACGUACAAGUUUGAUGGACUUGUGGUCAAAUUUCGAGAUUGCCUUUCUGGUGGCUAUUGUUUCGUUAGCUGUGAACGAAUGUUUGCCAGAUGGAGACUUAUGCAAAUUGAUGAAUGGAAAGAAAUAUUAUGUUGAUAUUGGGGAAACUGGGAUCAUCAAAGCAGAAAAUGUAAGCAGCAAAUUCUUAAAAAAUGAAACAGAGAAUCUGAGCCUUCCUAAAUGUACUGUGGAACUAGUCUCUUGCCCAUCAUGUCACAUUGUUGUUUCAGUUCUGUAUCUAAACAUUCCAAAGUGCAGCUCUGACAACUCCUGCAGAUGUGAUUAUGUUUGGAUCAAAGAAUCAGCCUAUGCCAUAUCUGGUCAGAAAUUUUGUGGUUUUGUCAAUAACAAAUCAUUCAGCUUGCAGUAUGAGUCUAGAACUAAACUUGUGACUAUAGAUUUCUUCUAUAGAUAUACAUACAAAGAUAGCUUUGUUCUUCAGUUCACAGCAGCCAAAAAUGUGUAUGUAUUGAAAGGCCAUUAUGUAUUGUACCAGUCAAACACCACAAAUGUCUUUGAAUCUCCACACUUCCCUAUUAGUUAUCCUGGUGACUACAGCUGUGAGUACAUCAUCAGAAAUAUUGAAGAUAAAGGAUGUAUUCAAAUAACAUUCAUUGAUUUUCAGUUAUCUCCCUGGUCUUACAUUGAGCUUUUUGAUAGUGACAACACACGCAUGGAUGUAUACACUGGAAAGAUGUUCCGACCACCAGUCAUAGUAUCAUCUGGCCCUACUCUCACUUUGAAAUUUCUAGCCAGUGAUGACCAUCUUAGUUCUGGUUUUCGUGUCACAUAUGCUUUCAUCAGCUCUAACAACAGGGACUGGUUUACUCAAACUUUUACUGAAUGUGGAGGAAUUGUUGACAACAAAGGAGGAGUUAUCACCAUGAUGAACAUGACAAACAACAGUGAAUUUCAACUUUAUGAUUGCAUAUGGUUAAUUCACCAAAAAAGCUUGCAUGUGUAUGAGACUCAUCUUUCUGUUCAAGUUGCACAGUUUGAGUUUAUGGGAUCCAAAUCUGUUUUAGAGAUUCGACAAGGUCUAACAUCCAAAUCCAAAAUGCUUGAGUCUGUUACAAGUUUUCAGUACAACAAGAUAAUUCAAGGAACUGAACACAUAAUUCCAGCACAUGAAGGAUUCUAUAUUAGACUUCAAGGAUUUUUCAACAGCUCAUCUCGGAUAGCAAUUGUUUAUACUACAUUUAGGUAUGAGGCAUGCUACUCAGCUGGUGAGUUCCAAUGUAAAAAUUGGCGAUGCAUUGCACGGAAACUUCAGUGUGAUGCUUUCAAUCACUGUGGGGAUAAUUCUGAUGAACAUUUGUGUACAGGAAAAGGGAGCUUACAUGAUUCUCUUGACAGAAACUGGUGGAAAACUCUGACACCUAACUAUUACUUCCCCAAACAGUCAAGCUUGUCAACUGUAGGUACCAACAAACUUGUUUUAAUUACCAGCUUAGCAGGACUUGGAAUAUUUAUUUUUAUGACUGUCACGAUUCUUAUAAGACUUCACAAGAAACAAUCAGAUGAAGAUUCUACCAGGGAUAGUCUUUGUACUCACAAUGGAGACAUUGAUCAGAGUGAUAUUAUGGGUGUGACAUCAGAUCUACCACAUUAUGAUCCUCCACCAUCAUAUGAAGAUGUUUUAAAGUUCAUUUUCUCUCCUCCAACGUACAUUAGUGUUUUUGGAACACAUCAUAACCAGGUGAACAGCACUACAGAAUCUCUUGUCCCUUCAGCUGGAACUGAUAAUGCUGCAAAUGUGUCUGAAAACAUGACUGAUCAGAGGGCAGAGACACCUCAUGCCUCACAAGCUGAUCUAAUUGGAGAAGGCUGCAGGGCUAUUCUGAGAGUUAAUUUACCUCUAUAUGUAAAUACUGAGGAUCCACAGCAAGUAGUGGUUACUGAAAAUAGUCUCACCAAUUCAUUUCCAGUUGAAAAUUUCCCUGAAUCUUCUAUUUCUCUUAAAGAGGAAGUUCCUGUUAAUGUUACAGGCACUGAUGGCUCUGAAGUUCCAAAAAUAGGAUCUGUUUUUUAA